AUGGAUCUUAUGGACGGUGAUCUGGCGGCUUAUUCUAGAAGCCCAAACGCAGAUAAAACGGAAGAGCACUUGAAAGGCAUUUUCCGACAAAUCAGUAGCGGUCUAGAACAUCUUCACAAGUACCAUAUUAUACACCACGACUUGAAGCCAGAAAACGUUCUGGUUCGGAAGCCUGAGGGACAGCCACUGGAAAUCAAGAUAGCGGACUUUGGUCUAUCCACUGGGGCCCAAACACUUAUUACUAUGACCGUCAAGUGUGGAACUCUCGCUUACAUGGCGCCUGAGACAUUUCACACUCAGCCGUGCCUAGUCACAGACAUGUGGGCCAUGGGAAUAAUGCUGUACGAAAUUGCGACAGGAUUGGAUCCGUACUAUCCCAUGCCGUUUAUCGAUGAGGAUCUUGCUCUGGUAGAAGUGGACACACAGACAACUUCUACACCAGAUGAUCCAUUCCAGGAUGAAACGGAAAUUGUCGAAUGGAAAGCCUCACGUAGCCUAAUUGACUUUGACCCGCUAUGCGAAGCGGAAGUAUCAGAUCAGCGUGAGUGA